ACGACGGAAUGAAAGAAAACAUCUGUUUCGUUAUCCUAUUCUCUGUCUGCUUAGUUGAAGAUAGAAAAAUAAAUAACGAAGAACAAUUAGUAGCGUACUGUAAUAUGUUUUUUAGAAAUAUCUAUAAAGAAUCUAAUUGGAAUAAGUGUGUGUCAGAAAUUUCUUCAUUAAAACCACUUGGACCAAAUAAUUCAACGGCAUUUAAUAAUAACAAAUGCUUUUGCGAUGAAGACUGUCAUCAAUACGGUGAUUGUUGUCCGGAUAUUCUUACUUCUUCUAACAGUUCCUGGAGAUGUCGAUACUUCCAUUUUAUCCCAGGUAUGUAUAUUUACAUGAUACAAACUUGUCCUUUAGACUGGAACGACGACGAUGUGAGACAACUGUGCGAAAAUGAGCUUUUUUCUCUGGCAAAACAAGGAAAAUUUAACCAUUAUUUACAAGAUAUACCUGUUUAUUCCUUGGACAAUAAAAUUAUUUAUAGAAAUGUAUUUUGUGCGAAAUGCAAUCGAGAUAGGAAUUUGCAAAAGUGGAAUAUUAGUUUUAGUUGUGAUAAAAAAAAUAAAGAUAUAACUUUAAGCAAUGCAGUAUAUCAACCAACUGAUAAAGAAUGGAAAAUACAGCUAGACAACGGAACAAAUAUUACUUGCAUAAUUAAUAUACCAGAGUUAAGCUCAUGGAGAAAAAUUAAAACUAUCUUCAACGGAAGAAGAUGCAAAGCUGUUUCCUCGUGUUCUGGUAACUGGAAGAAAAUUGACGAAAUACAAAAAUGCAGCGAGUUUACACAAGAAGGAUAUUAUUUUUCUAACGAGGAUAAUAUUCAUUAUAAAAAUCCAUAUUGUGCUGUAUGCAAUUAUAUAGAUAUAAAUAAUUUAAAUUGCUUUAUAGACAUUUUACCUUCUCCAGGUAUUCCGACAAAACCAUGGUAUCCGUCCUUAAUUGAUUUCAACUUCGAUUGGAAUUCAGAAAACGAGUGUAAUCCCCAACAACUGUUCGAUCCUAUUUCCAACGUUUGUUUUAAUCUGUCAUGUGACGAAUCACAUACCAGAAGAGGAAUUCAGUGUAUCCCAAAUAAUACAACAAACAGUCUACAAAAAUCUUGCACCACAAUCGUGUUUAGCAGAGAUUCAUUCUCUAUUUUAGACAACAAUACAAUUUUUAUUAACCACACUAACAAAAACUAUUCCAGCAAUCAGUACGAACCAAUAAUUGUUAACGGAGAAUUGAAGGAAGUGUUAAUAUGUGCCGACGAAAUUAUCGGUUUCAAUUUUUCUCCCGUUCAAUAUUGGAUGUCGGAAAUUGGUCUUUUAAUAUCCAUCAUCUGUCUACUAAUUCACUUGAUCAUCUAUUUGUUGCUACCCAAAUUGCAUAAUCUUCCGGGUAAGAUUUUAAUAUGUUUGUCUUUGUCAUUGUUGAUUGCCCAAUCAUCCUUCUUGUUAGGUGCUUACGAUUCUUACGUCUCUACGUGGCAUUGUGUUCUAUUUGCAAUCGUCACUCAUUUUAGUUACUUAGCAGCAUUUUUUUGGAUGAACGUCAUGGCUUUUGACAUUUAUCGUACUUUCUGUAAGGCGAAAUCCAGUUCGAAUCACUCUCGAACAUUUGUAUUAUAUUCUGUAUACUCGUGGGUUUCUUCGACGCUAAUUGUUUUUGCUUCGUUGAUCAUGAAUUUCGUCUUUCCAGGAAAUUCGUAUUCUCCGAAUUAUGGAAGAAAUGUUUGUUGGAUCAGUGAAAAAAGAAGCUUGCUUGUGUUUUUUGCUUUUCCGCUUUUUGUUUUGUUGAUGGUUAAUAUAAUCUUGUUUUUUCUGACCGCUAGAAGUCUAUUGAAAACGACGAGAGAAACCAAAAUGGUUAAUAAAUUCUCUGAUAAAGUUCGAUUUAUUUUGUAUAUAAAAAUUGCUCUGAUGUUGGGUUUGACUUGGAUAUUUGGCUUUAUAGCGACUUUAAGCAACGUUUCUCUGCUGUGGUACCCGUUUAUAAUAUUUAAUUCCCUGCAAGGCGCUUUUAUUUUCGUAUCAUUCACCGUAAAAAAGAAGAUAUUCGAUUCCUUAAAGGAAAUGAUUUUUGGAAAGAGCUUCAAAAAGAAAUAUCGCGUAGGACAAUUGAAACAAUGCACGAGUUCUUCGAACCUUUCGACAAUUCAAACAUCUUUGACGGCAUCACUUUCUGCUUCAGUUCCCGUUCUUUGUAAUCAAGCAGAGAUAAUUAAAGCUAUAAUAAACAAUGAAAAAUACCAAGAAACUAAGUGAAGUAUUUAAAAGUUUACU